UUAUUUAUAUGUUAUAUUGACUAUAAGUAAAUAUAAUAAAAUUCUCAAAAAUAAAAUAUAUUUUUAAAACAUAAGAUAAUUCUUAAAAAUGCUGUGUUUUUAUCUUAAAUAAUAUUUUUUUAUUAUAAAAUAGAAAGUUUAAUGUUUGAUUUAUCUUUUUAAAAACAUAAUUAAUAAUUUAUUAUGUUGGUUUUGAUUUAAUAGUUAUAAACAGAUAAAUAUCUAUAAGGAUACUAUGCCUACACAUGCGGGCAUAACACCUAGUUAUUUUUUACAGACCAUGUGAUGCUUGUGAGAGCUAAUUAUUAGAUUAUCUAAAAUCCCAAUCCCAAAUUAAAAGAAGCCCACACGUAAGUCGAUUCAGAAAAAAAUUUAAUCCCAGCCCGAAAACGAAAUGUUUUGAUUGGAUGAUUAUUUAUGCUGACGUGGACAUGCUAGAAUUGGAGAUUAUCCCCUUUUUAUUAUAGUAUACUAGCUUUCUUAUAUAAGUGGUAAGAAAUAUUAUAAUUUAAAAAAAUAUGAAAAUAGAUUAAACUGACAUAAAUUUAAAAAAAAAACUGUUUGAUAUUACUCUCGUUCUUCGCGUAUAUAUACACAGAAACAUAUAUCAUGUUUGCACACUUCAACACUUCAGAAAGAAAAAAAAAGAUUCGAUCUUCCAAUGGCUACGGACGAAGAUAUGAUCACGAGGAUCUCUAUAGAGCCUGAGAAGCAAUCACUUCUCGAUCAUCACACCGAGAAACACUUCACCGCCGGAGAAGUCGUCCGUGACAUCAUCAUCGGCGUCUCCGAUGGUUUAACUGUUCCUUUUGCACUCGCCGCCGGACUCUCCGGUGCUAAUGCCUCUUCUUCCAUCGUACUCACCGCUGGUAUCGCUGAAGUCGCAGCCGGUGCUAUCUCCAUGGGACUCGGCGGGAUCGGCCUUGGGUAUGGAUUCAAGUGUUCGGCUCAGAUUCGGUACUUAGCGGCCAAGAGUGAAGCGGAUCAUUACGCGAGAGAGAUGAAACGAGAACAAGAAGAGAUCGUGGCCGUUCCUGAGACUGAGGCAGCUGAGGUGGCAGAGAUUCUGGCACAGUAUGGAGUAGAGCCACAUGAAUAUUCACCUGUUGUUAAUGCUCUUCGUAAGAAUCCUCAAGCAUGGCUUGAUUUUAUGAUGAGGUUUGAGCUGGGAUUAGAGAAGCCAGAUCCAAAGAGAGCGUUACAAAGCGCGUUCACGAUUGCAAUCGCUUAUGUUCUUGGCGGUUUAGUACCGCUAUUUCCCUACAUGUUCAUACCACAAGCCUUAAAUGCGGUAGUGGCGUCUGCGGCUAUAACUCUGAUCGCUCUCUUCAUAUUUGGCUAUGCAAAAGGGCAUUUCACCGGCAGCAGACCCUUUAGGAGUGCGUUUGAAACCACUUUUAUAGGAGCGAUAGCUUCAGCAGCUGCUUUCUGUUUGGCUAAAGUGGUGCAACAUUAAUCAUAGCAAACAACUGAUGUUGCGUUUAAUGUUUUAAAUUUUAGACUUGUUUGUUACAUUUAAUGUGGUUGUUAUCACGGGGAAAGGAAAACUUAUUGCGACAAGAAAACCCCAAAAAUAAAAUAAAAAGCUUAUUGCCACAGAAGCCUGCGUUUCUAAAUAAGAGUUGGUGGUCUGCGUUUGCAUGUUUGCAGUUGCAUAGUAUGUAUAUUAUUCGGUGUUCUAAAACCGGUUUGCAGAUGCUAAUCAGAACGAUUUUUCAAACGAUUUUAAAAAGUCAGUACAGAAAUUCAAUAAAUAUUAAAUUUGUUUUUGUUUCUUUUUGCUUAAUCAAAAAGGCUAUCAUUACCGAUUGAUUUCUUGAACAUUGAUAAUUGAUAACUUGAUAUUAUUUCUACCCCUAAAAUAUGACACAGCAAGAAAGAAAGGGGUAAAGUGGUCAUUGUAUUGAUUCAAACAAAAUUGAAUUUGUUUUUGUUUCUUUGCUACUUUUGCUUAAUCAAUCUUGACUUUGUUAUCCAUGUUAUGACUAACUCGUCCUCACAAUGCUUUAACUCUCUUUAGUACAAAGACAAACUUAACAUCUGUAAACAUUCUUUUGCCAUCCAUCCAUGUAAGCUUCGAAAAUGCAUAAGUGUUCACAGUAUCAAUAUCUUAAUUAGAAACUGCAUCAAACAUAUAUUUGUGUAGCCAAGAACCUAUGUACAUAUAUUGUAUAGCCCAUAUUAGAGAUCUUGUUUCAAUGUGAAAACCAUUCACUCGAGUCACUCUCUUAUUAUCCACAGCUAGCUCCAACUAUAUUUUUUUUCUAUAUUAAAAAUUUUGCUACUAAGUCACAGCUCGGUGGUUUCCAUACAUUUGUCAUUUCUGAUAU